UCAGUCAAUCGAAAAAAACCUUUGGGUGCAUAAGAAGAAUAGCAAGCCUAUCGUUAGACUCUCUAUUUGCCUUGGAGGGAUUUGUUCUCAAAGGACUUGGAAUGGAAGUGAUCUGCGUUUUCCCGGAAAGGCCGAACUGCUGACGAGGAUCAGAAAUCUUACAAAUUUCCCUGAACCCUUCGGAGAAGAUCGAACGAUGUCGCCGUCCGGCCGACCUCUUGUUCCGAAUUGUAGUACCGUACACGCCGAAACUACAUUUAUCGCUAGUUGGAGAUCCUGCUCCCUCUUGUGCUCCUCUAUCACACAUGCACGUCGCAACUGAUUCAAAAAUCGUUCGUACAAUUUGGAACGCGAUUCCAACCGCCUUCUCGCCAUGACCAGCGAAGGAAGCUCUAUACCUUCCUCCGCCACCUCAGAACCGAGACAGACGAGUACUACCAACGGCGAGGAAUCCAAGACUAUGCAACGGUCCGGCGAUGUCGAGUCCAGCUGGAGCAAGUCGGAACAUACGAGUUCUCGGGGCAACUACGAUUACGAUUACGAUGAAACCACCAUUGAAAAGAUUGUCGUGCAGGAAGGUUACAGCAUAGAUGAUGUUAUUCCAAGGAGGAAAAAAUUACCCAAUAAGAAAAAGGAAAUAUCGAGCUUACCGGAGGUCGCCCAUGCAUUUGAGAAGGCCAAGAUCAAAGUCGACACGGCCCGCCUUUCCGCCAAUGAUGUUUUGCUACUUCGUCAGCUAAACCUUACGUAUCAGACAGAGAUGGAGGUCAAACAGAUAAGCAACUUGGCCCGAUACCAGUCGAUGCAAGAAAUGUCAUUUAUAGCUGUUCUGGUGAUGGUCUUGCUGCAAAUCAUUGCAGUUGUCUUGUGUGCCCACUUUGCCGACGUUUCGGUAGCUGAUGCGUUGCUGUUUGCCAUGUAUACCGUCACAAGCGCAGGAUUCGGAAGCGUCGAUAUCCCCAAAACAUCAGGUUUUCUGCUGUAUGUAACGCUCUACGUAUUUUUGGGCAUUUCGAGUCUAGCCAUUUUGGUAGCGCAAGUCUAUCAAUACCUUGAGUUCGAAAACCAACGUCUGAAUCAUGCACGUGACAAGGCAAGAAUGGCGAGGGAAGGCUUGCGAACGUUAAAGCAGAUUCAAGAUCAAGAACCGACGGUUGAGACUGUUAUUCGCUACGACUUGAUCAGAGCUCUUAAGACAAUUCCACAACCUCGACGGUUUGUGCGCCUCCAAACUAGAGUGACCAAGGAUGUAAAUCCAGAACUCGUCUACGCGCUCGGUGUAGGUGGAUUCUUGACAAGUCUACUAGCUAUUGGAACUUUCGCCAUGAUGGCCAUGGAAGGGUGGACUUUUCCGGAAGCCCUGUAUUUUUCUACCUUUGCUAUGACUUCUAUUGGUUACGGUGAUCUGGCUCCAACGAAACAAUCCAGCACAUGGUUUGUUGUGUUUUGGUUGCCCUUCAACGUGGCGUUUCUCUCAUUGUACCUUGGCACUGUCGCCCAUUACUUUGUCAUGAUCAGUAGAUGGAAUGUUUCUCGCAUUAAAAAAUCACUGACCGACAGCUUAGAAUCAAGCUCCUCCUUGGAACAUAAUAAUACUGUCGGGGAAUAUACCAUUGAUGACACCGACAGCGUCGAAAAUGCAGUCAGCAGAGGAACUCAACGUCGUGAGAGAAUUCGCCAGAACAGCGAUAUGUCAUUUGCCGAAGAAUUACAACGAGAGGGUGCAGCAACGGUGCAAGAUUUGCUUGCUCUGCUUUCUUCUUCCGCAUCGAAAGACAUCCCUUUGCGUUUAAAUGCACCUACCGAUACCGCGGUCAUCGGUUCAGCGAAGCCUACUCCUCUGAUUGAAAAACUCUGGCGUAGCACCACUGCGACCGAUGGACCUUCGUUGGCGUUGCGCUUCCUUGUUGAAAAACGUCUGGCCCGUAUCGUUGCAACGGAGGUCGCCGGCUUCGAAUCGAGCAUGCAAAUUAAGGGAUGUACAUUCUUUGUGACCAUCAACUCAUUGAAGGGCACAGCUGAGAAGUGGCAUAUCCCUCGUCGCGCACGUAGCGCUUUUCGGGCCAGCGCAUUCGAAAGCUUAUUCUUUGUCGGAGAAAGGGAGAUCAUAUCAGAUGGUCUGGACGGCUUUCUCAAGCUCAACCCCUAUGAGUUUAACGACCUUUUUCGUCCUUUUGUGAUGGCGCUCGGUGAUAAGGAGACAAUGGAGGCCUGGCUUGCCUGUACCGAGGUGCUUGUAGAUCAAAGUCCGGGGAAGGAGAUGGCGACAAUCGAAGAGGGCGGUGGUGAAGAGGACGAUGAUCCAGGCUCUAAUAUGGGUAUGCGUCGUAGCUUCCACUUAUCCAUGAAGAACGAGAUCGAAGAUUACUUCCCAGUAAACCAAGGAAACGCGGUUCGUAUACAGCUGUAA